AUGACCGAGGCGUCGAGAGUGAAAUUCGCACUUGGAAACCAGGUGUCUCCGCGACACUUUUUCAAAAGUAGUUUCGCGCGUUCUUUCGUCACUAACUGCCGCGACUCGAGGUCGCUGGAUUACGGGUUCCUCAACCAUACGACGAACACCGAAGAGACCAGCGGCGACCAUUACUAUUCCCUAGUCAAUCUGGAAACGGCGAACAUCGUGAACGAUGUCUUGGGCAAGGAAAAUCCGGAAACCGACAAGAAGUAAUCGUGGUGCUUCCGUCUAAUGUUGUGUUUCCUGUUUUGCAGCCCGUGCAGUCCUCGGAGCACAUCAAAGAGGUGGAGAAGCUCAGGAAAGUAACUGUGGGACUUAACGAGCUGUUGAGUAAUACAAGACAUAAACCUAGUUCGACCAGCUUGAUCGAUGAAAAUGGCAGCCAACCUAAUACGGUCAAUGUCGCGUUGCUAAUGUUAAAACAUUCAGUGUAAUUCGAUCAUAGGAGAAGAACCGUAUAAAAUCAUCACACGUACUUUCUCAGCCGAUGAUGAAGGUUCUGUUACUGUUAAAUAUCUUUGAACUUCCGGUGAUUCAACACGCUCACCGUUCUAAUCAUUUUACCUGAUGCGAUUGAUAAUUUUUUUUUUUUUUUUUUUUUUUUAAUAGAACUAGGGACGCAGAUUUAUUGUGA